ACUGCGAGUCACGGAGUGGACUUCUCCACAGCACUCACGUAACCGUCCGGACGGUGGAUAUAUUUCACGUGUUUUUUUUUUUUUCACCCCGGGAGUGGAAACACGAAAGCUUUUGGGGACUUUUGACGCGCUCCACGUCUGGCGUGACUGAAAGUGUCUGAGCGUGGGUCUCAGUGGGCUGACAAUAGCCUUUUUUUUUUUUUUUUCUCCACCCCCACGGAGAGGAUAGAUGUAGUUGGCCGGGCACCGACUCCACGCGGCGGCGUGUUUCGUGGCAAACUGCGCGGUGAGAUGAGGAGGACGUGGAAGACUGCACUGCGUGGAAAGGAAGAUUUGUGUGCAUUGUACGUGUCGCCGCGAGGAGCAUGCAGUGAGCGCCAUGCCUGUGGAAAUGGAGAAGACGGUCACCAAGCUGAUGUACGACUUCCAGAGGAACUCCACUUCGGAUGACGACUCGGGUUGCGCUCUGGAGGAGUACGCUUGGGUGCCGCCGGGACUCAAACCCGAACAGGUCCACCAGUAUUACAGUUCCUUGCCCGAGGACAAGGUGCCCUACGUCAACAGCCCGGGAGAGAAAUACCGAAUCAAGCAGCUCCUCCAUCAGCUGCCGCCGCACGACAACGAGGUUCGCUACUGCAACAGCCUGGAUGACGAAGAGAAGCGGGAACUGAAGCUCUUCAGUAACCAACGUAAAAGGGAAAACCUCGGUCGCGGAAACGUUCGCCCAUUCCCUGUGACGAUGACCGGGGCCAUCUGUGAACAGUGCGGGGGCCAGAUCAACGGCGGCGACAUCGCUGUGUUUGCCACGCGCGCCGGCCACGGCAUGUGUUGGCACCCGGCUUGCUUUGUGUGCAGCAUGUGCAAGGAGCUCCUGGUGGACCUCAUCUACUUCUACCAGGACGGCAAGAUCUUCUGUGGACGGCACCAUGCGGAGAGGCUGAAGCCGCGCUGCACAGCUUGUGACGAGAUCAUCCUGGCAGACGAGUGCACAGAAGCCGAGGGCCGUCACUGGCACAUGAAGCACUUCUGCUGCUUCGAGUGUGAGACGGUGCUGGGGGGCCAGCGCUACAUCAUGAAGGAGGGGAGACCCUACUGCUGCGCCUGCUUCGAAUCGCUCUACGCCGAGUACUGCGAUUCCUGCGGGGAGCACAUCGGUAUCGACCAGGGCCAGAUGACGUACGACGGGCAGCACUGGCACGCCACCGAGGGCUGCUUCUGUUGUGCCCGCUGCAAACGCUCCCUCCUGGGUCGACCCUUCCUGCCCAAGCAGGGACAGAUCUUCUGCUCCCGCUCCUGCAGCCUGGGGGAGGAGCCCAACGGCUCCGACUCCUCAGAUUCCGCUUUCCAGAGCGCCCGCUCCACCCGAGAGUCCAGACGCGGCUCCAAGGCGGCAAAAAGCGCCGGCGGGCCGGCGGAGAACUCGUCCGGCGAGGUGGACCCGUUGUCCUUACAGAUGGACGUGCUGAGUCUCUCCAGUCAAACCCCAAGUCUGACCCGCGAGCCGCCGGCCUGGCAGAACCAAACGCAAGACGGGCACAAGUUUGAGACCCAGUCCGAACAUCAGUCCGGCCCCUCGCCACUUCAGCUCCUCAGUCAGUGUAACGUGAGAACGACCUUUAACCCUUCCUGCACCGGACAGAACCCUCAACCGCCGGAGCGCAGGGUGAAGGAGAACGCCGGUCCGAAGAGGCCGCCCGUCUCCGCCAUCAAGGCCCACUCUCUGAACGAGACCCGGCUCCAAGAGGACCGCUAUCCCCCGAAACCGCAGAAGAGUUUCACCGAGGCGUCCGAGCUCGGAUUUUCCGCGGACAAACGCUCCGUCAGCCUGCACGGCUUCCAGAGGGAGAGGGACCCUGCGGCCCCUGCGGCGGCACGGAGCAGGAACCCCAUCAACGCACUUAGCUUCGCCGAGCAGCUGACGCCCCUGCAGCAGACGCCAAGGGGGUCCGCCGAGUCCUUAGCCAACGCCACAGGACACUCGGCAGAAGGAGGCGGGAGGCUUUUGUCUCGAUUCUCCAUGCCGGAUCUGAGUCAGGACUCCGGAGUGAACGCCUCACGGAAAAACCACACGGACGCCCUUAACUGCGCCUCGGUUCAAUUCCGGAGCUCGGAGUCGCUCCACGGCGUGAACGGCGGUCAACCCUACAUGGAAAUAAACCCGCCCAGGUCCGGCCAGUACCAGCUGAAGUACUGCGAGCCGUCCGGCGCGGGUGUCGGCAGAAGCGCGACUCACCUGCCGCCCGGGUUCGCCUACCAGGAGGAAGACCGGGUGAGCUCGGUGAGCAGCGCCAACGCCGCCCGCCUGCCGCCAAUAAGUGAGCGCCGGGUGUCAGGAGCGGGUGUCAGGAUUGAAACGCCGGAUAGGCGCAGACACCACCACCACCACCACCGCGCCAGAAGGUCCCGGCGCUCUCGCUCGGAGAACGCCCUCAACUUGGUGGCGGAGCGCCGGGUGAGACCUCAAGAGAGACCGCCGCUUCACGCCCGAGAGGACUACGACCGCUUCCCACCUCCCAGGACUUCCCGGGACCGGGUCGGCGAAAGAUACCAAGAGCAACUCUUCAGGCCGUGUCCCAGGACCACCUCGGACCUGACGCUCCAGAACCCGGCGGCCGGCCGCCGCACGGGCUUGAACCAGUACUCCUGGGACGACUACGACGACUGGUGCUCCACCUGCUCGUCCUCGUCGGAGUCGGAGGACGAAGGUUACUUCCUGGGCGAGCUCAUCCCCAGACCCGUGCAGACCCGCUAUCUCAGCAGCCAGGAGCUGGUGCACAAGUACGGGCAAAACCGAGGCGCGCUUUUAACCACGCACAAACGCAGGAAAAGCAAGAACUGCAUUAUUUCUUAACCUUCCGGCACGCUGACACCUGGAGGACGGCGAUACAUGUUGACGAUCGAUAACUCGGUGAUACCUAGGGCUGUCAAAGUUAACGCUGUCAUAAUUACAAGUUCCUUUAACGACGCACGAUUAAGGAUCCCUUUUUUUAGACCCUCGGUCCGUUCCGUAGCCUGGGGGAACAUUAUGGAAGUCCCAGAUCCAAACCAAGACAAAACUACAAACCCCGUUUCCAUAUGAGUUGGGAAAUUGUGUUAGAUGUAAAUAUAAACGGAAUACAAUGAUUUGCAAAUCUUUUUCAACAACAUAUUUGAUGUUCAAACUCAUUGCAAAUAAUAAUUAACUUAGAAUUUCAUGGCUGCAACACAUGGCAAAGUAGUUGGGAAAGGGCAUGUUCACCACUGUGUUACAUCACCUUUUCUUUGAACAACACUCAAAAAAACGUUUGGGAAGUGAGGAAAGUAAUUGUUGAAGCUUUGAAAGUGGAAUUCUUUCCCCAUUCUUGUUUUAUGUAGAGCAGGGGUGUCAAACUCAUUUCAGAUCAGGGGCCACAUGGAGAAAAAUCUACUCCCCAAGUGGGCCGGAUUGGUAAAAUCACGGCACGAUAACUUAAAAAUAAAGACAACUUCAAAUUGUUAUCUUUUUUUUUUUUUUAAAUAGAAUAAGCUCAUUCUGAAAUUGUACUAGUCAUUAUUGUUUUUUCAAUGCAAUGACCUGUAUUUGUCGUUAUUUAUUUUUUCUAUCAAGAUAAAAAAAAUAAUAUCCACUCAUUUUCUACCACUUCUCGGGUCUCGGGGGGGUGCUGGAGGCUAUCUCAGCUCCAUUCGGGCAGAAGGCAGAGUACACCCUGGACAAGUAUCAAAAUGUAAUAAAUACAGGAUGUUAUUUAUGUAGUUUUAACGUUUUCCUCGACUGAUGUACUAAAAUGUGGUUUAUUUUGUACUUUUGUAGCAUCAUCUACAACAGGGGUGUCGAACUCAAAUACGGAGUGGGCCGAAAUUGAAAACUGAUCAAAUCCGCGGGCCAAGGUUGAAGAAAUUAACCUUUUAAUAGGGACCCAAAUAAGUUUUGCAUUGAGUAUUGAACAAGCAACUUUAUAGUCACAUGCAAAAUCAAGUUUCAAAUUAUAAUAAUAAUGAAUAAAAAAAUAUCAAUGGUAUUUCAAAUAAAAUUUAAAUAAAACUAUUGUAGCGUUCCGGAAGAGUUAAUGCUGCAAGGGGUUCCUGGGUAUUUCUUCUGUUGAGUUUAUGUUGUGCAACGGUGCGGAUGUUCUCCCGAAAUGUGUUUGUCAUUCUUGUUUGGUGUGGCUUCACAGUGUGGCGCAUAUUUGUAAAAGUGUUCAAGUUGUUUAUAUGGGCACCCUCAGUGUAGUCCGGGUGGAAAUCGGGAGAAAUUCGGAGGAAUGGUUGCCUCGGGAGAUUUUCGGGAGGGGCGCUGAACUUUGGGAGUCUCCCGGGAAAAUCGUGAGGGUUGGCAAGUACGAGUAUCAGCGGUGAAUCCAGUGUUAGAGGCAUCACUGCCGUAUAGUACCGGCGGGCCAGCUCUAAUCUUGAUUUGAUAUUACCUCAAGGGCCAAAUGAAAUUACACGGCGGGCCAGAAUUUGACACCAUGAUCUACAAGAUACAAAAGAUUGCUAUUGCGCCAUCCAGUGGACACAUUUAGAACAGCAGUUUUCUUCAUUCAAAAAUCUCAGGUUAUGUUUUCUACUUCGCAAAUUCAUCCCGUGGGCCGGAUGUAGAGCUUCAGUGGUUCAACAGUCCGAGGUCUCCGCUGUCAUAUUUUACGCUUCAUAAUGCGCCACACAUUUUCCAUGGGAGACAGGUCUGGACUGCAGGCGGGCCAGGAAAAUACCUGCACUCUUUUUUUUUUUUUACGAAGCCACGCUGUUGUAACACGUGCUGAAUGUGGCUUGGCAUUGUCUUGCUGAAAUAAGCAGGGGCGUCCAUGAAAAAGAUGGCAGCAUAUGUUGUUCCAAAAGCUGUAUGUACCUUUCAGCAUUAAUGGUGCCUUCACAGAUGUGUAAGUUACCCAUGCCUUGGGCACUAAUGCACCCCCAUACCAUCACAGAUGCUGGCUUUUGAACUUUGCGUCGAUAACAGUCUGGAUGGUUCACUUCCCCUUUGGUCCGGAUUAAUAUUUCCAAAAACAAAUUGAAAUGUGGACUCGUCAGACCACAGAACACUUCUCCACUUUGCAUCAGUCGCUCUUAGAUGAUCUCGGGCCCAGAGAAGCCGGCGGCGUUUCUGGAUGUUGUUGAUAAAUGGCUUUCGCUUUGCCUAAUAGAGCUUUAACUUGCACUUACAGAUGUAGCGACCAACUGUAUUUAGUGACAGUGGUUUUUUGAAGUGUUCCUGAGCCCAUGUGGUGAUAUCCUUUAGAGAUUGAUGUCGGUUUUUGAUACAAGGUCACGAAGGUCACGGUCAUUCAAUGUUGGUUUCCGGCCAUGCCGCUUACGUGGAGUGAUUUCUCCAGAUUCUCUGAACCUUUUGAUGAUAUUAUGGACCGUAGACGUUGAAAUCCCUAAAUUUCUUGCAAUUGCACUUUGAGAAACGUUGUUCUUAAACUGUUUGACUAUUUGCUCACGCAGUUGUGGACAAAGGGGUGUACCUCGCCCCAUCCUUUCUUGGGAAAGACUGAGCAUUUUUUGGGGAAGCUGUUUUUAUACCCAAUCAUGGCACCCACCUGUUCCCAAUCAGCCUGCACACCUGUGCGAUGUUCCAAAUAAGUGUUUGAUGAGCAUUCCUCAACUUUAUCAGUAUUUAUUGCCACCUUUCCCAACUACUUUGUCACGUAUUGCUAGCAUCAAAUUCUAAAGUUAAUGAUUAUUUGCAAAAAAAAACAAUGUUUAUCACUUUGAACAUCAAAUAUGUUGUCUUUGUAGCAUAUUCAACUGAAUAUGGGUUGAAAAGGAUUUGCAAAUCAUUGUAUUCUGUUUAUAUUUACAUCUAACACAAUUUCCCAACUCAUAAAAUCAGAGGCAUUUAUUCAGGUAUUAAUAUUACAGACUACAUUAACAAACCGCAUUCUGUGUUAUUAAUGCAUGAAACUGCUACCUAAACCUUUUAAUUUUCCUGAAGGAACUCUCCUGAAGGAAUCAAUAAAGUACUAUUUAUCUACUCAGUGGCCUAGUGGUUAGAGUGUCCGCCCUGAGAUCGGUAGGUUGCGAGUUCAAAUCCCCCAAAAAACGGGAGCCAUUACUUCCCUGCUUGGCACUCAGCAUCAAGGGUUGGACUUGGGCAUUAAAUCACCAAAAAAUCAUUCCCGGGCGUGGCCAUUGUUGCUGCUCACUGCUCCUCUCACCUCCCAGGGGGUGAACAAGGUUGAUGGGUCAAAUGCAGAGGACACAUUUCACCACACCUAGUGUGUGUGUGACAAUCAUUGGUACUUUGACUUUAACUUAACAUGGAAGUGUAGCUCCUCGUCCUAAUGCGAGUGCUCCUACAGCGGGAAUACAAAUUCUGUAUUCGUACAAAAUACAAACUGCAGGUUUUUUUUUUUUUACUGUCAUUAAAACCUCUAAUAAGUGGGGCGGCAUAGCUCGGUUGGUAGAGUGGCCGUACCAGCAACUUGAGGGUUGCAGGUUCGAUUCCCACUUCUGCCAUCCUAGUCACUGCCGUUGUGUCCUUGGGCAAGACACUUUACCCACCUGCUCCCAGUGCCACCCACACUGGUUUAAAUGACUUAGAUAUUGGGUUUCACUAUGUAAAGCGCUUUGAGUCACUAGAGAAAAGCGCUAUAUAAAUAUAAUUCCCUUCAAUUCACUUCACUAAAGCAAUGGUCCCCAACCACGGGGGAAUAAUUUUUUAAAAUUUUUUAUUUAUUUAUUUAUUUAUUUUUAAUUAAAUCAACGUAAAAAACACAAGAUACACAAUUAGUGCACCAACCCAAAAAAACUCCCUUUUUCAUGACCAAAAAAAUUAAUAAAAUAAAAUGAGGUGGCGACUUGUCCAGGGUGUACCCCGCCUUCCGCCCGAUUGUAGCUGAGAUAGGCGCCAGCGCCCCCCGCGACCCCAAAAGGGAAUAAGCGGUACAAAAAUGGAUGGAUGGAUGGAAAAUAAAAAAUAAAUAAAUACCACCCCCAACCCCUCCCUUCGCCGGGCCGUGCGUUGACCGGUCCGCAGCUACAAAAAUGUUGGGGACCACUGCUCUAAAGGCUUCGUGGCCACAUGCGUGGACAGCACCUUUUAGCUCUUAUUUCCAAAUAUUGUGUACACUACUGAAUUGGGGUCUUACGGCCACGUAUGUGGACACUUAUACUGCCAUCGGGUCAGAAGAGUAUAACAUACAAUGGAAUUUUUUGGGGGGGGAAGUGUAAAAAAUAAGAAUUGGCAUGUCACUAAACAUGAAGUACACGUUUAUGUACUUAUGGACUUAAGUACAUCAUAUCAGAUGAUUCUUAGUUUUUAUUCUGAUUAGGGUCCAAUGAGCCCAAACAGCAAAAACAAAUAAUUAAAAAAAACAUGAAAACAAACAGAUAAAUUAUAAAAUUGCUCAUGUCUACCGUAUUUCCUUGAAUUGCCGCCGGGGCACUAAUUAUUUUAAAACCUCUUCUCACUCCGGCGUUUACCAAAGGCAUGCGGUAAAUUUAGGCCUGCGCUUGUAAAUUUGAGUGUGAUGUAAGGAUACCAUCAUGAAAAGCACAUUUAAUAAAGAAGAAACAUUAUUAUGGUCUUACCUUUACUUAUAAAUGAAGUCCAUGCGCAGCUCCUUCUGAUCAAAAGCAUCGAUAACUUGAUUAUAGAAGUCUUCCUUAUCUUUCUUCAGUUUUAAGUCUUUCUGUCUCGAAGGAGAUCUUCCUUUAUUACCUCCUGCUUCGAUUGAAAGUCCAGUUUAGAAAACGGUUUUAUUUUAGAUAUGUCAUCCUCCAAGUUAAAAGUGCAAGCGAGAGGAAAAAAUAAACUCUUGCUGUUUCCUGUCACUUCUUCUGCAGCAGAGUAGUCGCAAGAAGGAUCACUAGCGCCCUCUACCACUUGGAGGCGGGAGUCAUUUAAUGACUCAUAUUUGACACACGCAGCUACGGUAUAUUAAAAAAACAUAGCUGCUUACUGUUCUUUUUAGCAUAUUCAAUAGCUUGGACCUUAAAUCCUACUGAAUGGCUCUUAAUCUUCUUCCCUUUAUGCGAUUUAAAAUAUUUGAAGUCAGCCUCCUCCAUUUUGAAAAUGAUGACAGGUGAAGUGUCACUCGUGACGUGACGAGUUUGACCCAGUGGAAAUUCUAGGCAUAUGCUAAUUAUUUUGCGAAACGAGUUUGACCCGACGGAAAUUCUAGACAUGCGCUAAUAAAAAUAAUAUUUUGCGAAACGAUUUUGACCCGGCAGUAAUUCUAGGCAGGCGCAAACUAUAUACCCGGCGGCAAUCAAGGAAAUACGGUAUUCUGUGUUGAGCAGUUUUAAAAAAUAAAAGCAUAAUGUUUAAAAAAAACAACAUUUUAUUCAAGCAAACUAAUUUAUCGGUCGUGGUAAUAAAAACUUGAACAUUUUUGGUCCACCCAUUGAUGAUAAAAAACAAAUUAGAUUUCGCGAUUAAUUUUGAGUUAACUGAACAAACUGCCAUUAAUUUUGAUUAAAUAUUCAAACCGUUUGACAGCCCUAGUAGAUAACAUGAUAAUUCAUAUCAAAAUUCAGUAACAAAAAGUCUUUCUAUUAACCCUUCACAACAUCUUCUUUCAUGCAAAGUCAGCAUUUUUUUUUUUUUUUUUGUGCAAUUCUUUAUUAUUCCCUGGAACUUCCUGUAAAAGACGGGGAAUAUGCCGCGUGUAAAUAAAAGGAACUGGCACAAUUCACUUAAGUUAAGGUGCGUGUAAAUAUGUUGUGUAAAUGAGGCCUGGCAUAUUUUUAUAUUUUGUCCGGAGAGCAUCCUCGAUGUACUUAAAGAUCUAUCGUGCGGAGACGGCGAGGACCGAGAACUAAUUUAGAAUCCAUUUAGAAUCCACUUGUUUUGUUUUUUAAGGACGCUUUCGGUACUUUGCAUCGGCUCUUAAAGUUGCAGACUAUUUCCUUUUGCUGUUUGCUGUUACAGUUUGCAUGCUAGAUAGUGCACUCGAGCUUUUUUUUUUUCCUUUUUCUCCGCCGGAGGAAAAAGAAGAAUGAAGAGGAGAGGACUCUGCUCCACACUAACAAACGUCAUCUGUGUUGUAACGUUGGAAAUAAACAUCGUCUGAUUGUUUUA